GCAUUUUUUUGUUGGUUAUGUAUUCAUGAGCAAUUCGUAAACAUUAUAAACAAAUACAUCAAGUUAUUUCCAUACUUGAUGUAGAACUUUCAAAAGGUUUUCGUUUCACAAAUAAUUCUGAUAGUAAUAUAAUUGGUAAAUAACGUAGUGUUGGGAUUGUUCACUGGUCCAGGAAUAUUGAAAUUAAUUUGACAACUCAGAUUGAAGAUCAUGGCUCGUAAUGCAGAGAAAGCUAUGACAACAUUAGCUCGAUGGAGAGCGGCUCAGAGCGGUGAAGGUAUAAAAAAAGAACAGGAAAGACGACCAUAUCUUGCUUCGGAGUGUCGAGACUUGAGAAAAGCCGAAAAAUGGAGAAUGCAAAUUAUUCGAGAAAUUGCAAAAAAAGUUGCGCAAAUACAAAAUGCGGGAUUGGGUGAAUUCAGAAUACGUGAUUUGAAUGACGAGAUUAAUAAGUUACUGAGGGAAAAACGACACUGGGAGGCUCAAAUUAAGGAACUGGGAGGUCCUGAUUACUCACGCGUUGGACCAAAAAUGUUGGAUCAUGAAGGACGCGAGGUACCGGGAAAUCGAGGAUAUAAAUACUUCGGAGCUGCCAAAGAAUUGCCAGGAGUCCGGGAAUUAUUCGAGCAGGAGCCACCACCACCUCCCAGAAAAACACGAGCAGAACUAAUGAAAGACAUUGACGCGGAUUAUUAUGGAUACAGAGAUGAUGACGAUGGAAUUUUACUACCUCUCGAACAAAAAAUGGAACAAGAGGAGCGAGAAAAAGCUGUAAGAGACUGGGUACCACCUAAAGACAUAACGCCUGAAGAUCCUGAAUUUGACACUAGGCAAAAAACCGUGCCAUCACAAGAAGACAUUUGUCAGGCAUUAUUAGCCAGAAAGAAACAAGAAUUAUUGGAAAAAUAUGUUCUCUAAAGCUUUUUAUUAAUUCAUUGUACAUGAAGGUUUUGGAAUAAAAAUUCAUUGUAUUGAAUUUACUAAAUAUUUCAUCUUUAUCAUCAGCUUAGGUGGAUAUUUCUAUAAUAAGUGAUUAUUAAUUAGUACGAUCUGUAUGCAAUUGAUUUUUUUUUGCUUUUUUUUACAAAACGCCAUAAAUAUUAAUCGAUACACUGUAAUGUGGUAACAUUUAGUCAAGAUUUUUUGUUCUAAAUUUUUGUGCAGUAGACGUACAAAUUUCAAUGAACUAGGGUGAAUAGUCCAGUGUUGAAACGAAUACACGUCGUCAAACAUCAAUUUAAGAAAGUUUUAUUGAGUUUAUAAACACGAUAUUGAUUAGAAAAAGAACAAAAGUUCCAUUCUAGGGUUCAAACACUGGUCGAUUCAUCCUCUAUAUUUCAUUGACCAAAAGAGAGUGCAGUUGUUUUUCCCUUCUUUUUCUUAUGAAAAACACUUUGUAUGGAUUCAAAAUAUUGAUUGUUAAAUGUAUGAUUCAAUUGUUUCACGUGAUCGAUGAAAAAAAAUCCACUUAUGUCAUGAUCCGAAUAAAUUUAGAUAGUGAAUUCA